AUGGAUGAAGAUGCAAUAUUUAAUUUGGAGGAACCAGAUGAAAAUGAAAAGGAUUAUGAUGAACUUUGUCGGUGCUGGAUAAACGAAAAAAUGGCUCCAGAAAUUCUGCCUUUUGCUACAGACGUCGUGGGACGUGUAAUGGAACGUAUACGUGCUCAGCUGGAGUCUCUUGAAGAGAUUCUUGAAACUGAAAACACUACAGAUUACAGAAGUGUCCUUAUUCAAAAUGAACUAGAACGGGUAAAAUUUGUUGUUCGCGUGUAUCUACGGUGUAGAAUCGCUAAAAUCGACAAAUUCGCCCAAUACAUUCAAAGUCACCCUCAUGUACUUGCGUUGCUGUCCUCUUCAGAAAGGCAGUAUUUGCUAAGACACCAACAAAUCGUUCAUCGAUUUUAUGUAAAUUCGUUUCUUCGAGAUUUGCCUCCAAAAAUGACAAAACUUGAUGAUACAGUCGGAAAUAUAUCCAUGGUCGUGGAACCGGAUGUAGACAGAACGGUGUUUUGUCUAGUUAACUCAACCGUUGAGGAAAGUGUAAGAGUUGCAGAGGAUGAGUAUGUCAAUCUAGAUAAGGGAAGCAUUUUAUUAUUGCGGUAUUCCGCAAUAGCUCCCUUUGUACAGCAGGGAAUCGUUUCCCUUAUUUAA